GUCUCUUUACACAUUACAUAUACCAAAUCUUGACCAACAUACAUAGCCUGGAAUAGGAGUCCCACCUAAUAAUCUCCUCUUUACAACAUAAAUCAAUCACUGUGAUAAUUAACCCCACCCAAAGAAACACGACGGGAGAUAAGAAAAGAGAAAUUUACUAUUUUUUACAAAGUAGUCCGAGCAGGACUUCGGACGCCGGCAGAACCCACGGCCAACACGUCAUUUCUCGCGUUUCUCGUGUUAUGGACUGAUUUCCCUGCAAUUGCAAGCCCAGAGAAUGGAGGAAGCAGACGUAAAACAGCUGAUUUCACUCAUAGAGUCGGCCCAGCUGAAGUAUGAAGUGGAUGAAUCGGGAACCGUGUCUAUUGUUUGCGACCCUGUGCAGCUUGUUGGGUCAUCAGAAGGUAUUAACAGCACCAUAUUAGUGGAAAAUGAAGCUGCAGAUCGACUCCUUACCCAGAGUUUAAACAUUUCGCAUGAUGACGAUCAAGACGCCAGUAAGCACAGCACGGAGACCUUGCCAAUCUCGGCCCCAGAUGAUCCCUUGGUGUGUUUGGAAGGAGUUGAUGCCGAUGACGGAAAGGAGAAAAGGCAGAAAGGCGAAAGAAGAAGGAGAAGGAGAAGAUGGGGACGAGGAAGAAGAGGGGGAAGCCGAGGAAGACGAGGCCGGACCCCAACUGCAGCUGUCUCCGUCAGGGCAGUAUUUCAUCCAGACUCCUGAUGGACAGAUCAUUCAGGUUUUAGGGUCCUUAGACGAUGAAAGCAUCCAGGCGGAGCCAAUCCUCGGAGAGAGUCAGGCAUCGGAGGCUGACAGCGAAAGGGCCAGGAGUGAGGAUAUUGUGGCUGUGCGCGAGACAGAGAGGAACAUGCAGAUCUUUGUUGUGGGAGGAAAUAGCGGAGAAGAGGUGUACCUCAUCAAUGCUCCUGAGAGAGAGAUUGGCGAUGGUGACCCAGGGAGUGCCUUACCUGUUUCUGCGAUGAUGCUGAAAGAUGUUGAGGCUUCAAGUGCGCAGGCUGACCUCACCACGGGGAAAAUACCAACUGACCUCGAAGCCAAAGCAGGUGAAGCAGAGAACUUACUCACCGUCAGCCUUCAGGAGGAGAAUCAGAGCCUGAAGAGCAGCUUCCUUGACACGUUGCCGAAAGUUCCUCUAGAGAAAGAUCCCCUGGACAUACAGAUAAGCUCGCCACAGAUUCAGGGCCAGGUGUCGAAGCCUCGGACUGCCUUGCCCUUUGCCAAGAGCCUCUCGUUGAGUAAAGUGCAGAGUACUGAUAAACAGACUUUGGAGGCAAAGUCGAAACCUAGAUUACCCUUCAAGAUGCAGAGCCCACUAGAGUUGCUAACGGAGGGCAUGCGGGUACAGACAGACAGAGGGGAGAUGAUGGCUUUCAAUUUGUCGUCUGUGACCCAGGCCAAGCAAGUGGGAAUCCAUGGGCAGAAGUCCCUUAAGAACAUUGCCUCGCUCUUUGGCUCCGUGGUCAAAGUACUGAGACCAGUGGCAGAGGAGAAGCAACAAGAAGUUUUAGAGAUAAAGGAUAG